UGGACUGGAAAGACAAGUAUUUGACUUCCUUGGAUUCCAGUGGGCACCAAUCAUCACUAAUUUUGUGCACAUUAUUGCUGUUAUUCUUGGAACAUUUGGAGCUGCACAAUUUCGGCUGAAAUAUAUCAUAGGAUAUGCAACCUGGUUGGUCUUGUGGAUUACCUGGAAUGUGUUUGUUAUCUGCUUCUACCUUGAGGUGGGGGACCUUUCAAAGGUCCGAGACCUCAUUAUGACCUUCAACAUUUCCAUGCAUCGCUCAUGGUGGAUGGAAAAUGGGCCGGGGUGUAUAGUGACGUCAGUAACGCCAACUCCUGACUGGGCACCAGAGCAUCACCGUUACAUCACUGUUUCCAAAUGUUUACUGGACUACCAAUAUGUAGAAGUGGCACACAGUUCACUGCAAAUCAUUCUGUCUCUUGCUGGUUUUAUCUAUGCCUGCUAUGCUGUGAAGCUCAUAACUGAAGAAGAGGAUAGCUUUGAUUUCAUUGGUGGCUUUGAUGCUUACGGUUAUCAGGGUCCACAGAAGGCAUCCCAUUUACAGCUGCAGCCUAUGUAUAUUAUUCUGGAGCAAGAACUUCGUCUUUCAUCCAUGGGGCCCUACACAAACCACCAGCUAGACUCCAUUAACAAAGAGAAGUCGGACACACUCUCCCAUAUGGGAAUGACACACAUUUCAGAAUCUAUGCUUUAAACACUGG